AGGGGCCGGGGCUCGGCCCAUGCACUUCAGUCCACUCAAAGAAACACUACAACGUGCAACGAUGGCCCUCGAACGUCAAGUGCGCGCCAAGAUCGCGGCGAAGCGUAAUCCGGAACAGGAGAAGGAAGCCCAGGAAUGGAUCGAAUCCAUUCUGGGAAAGAAAUUCCCUGCUGGUGAGACGUUCGAGGAUGUGCUCAAGGACGGACAGGUGUUGUGCCACCUGAUGAACAAGAUCGCCCCUGGAUCGGUCACGAAGAUCAACUCCUCCGGCGGUCAGUUCAAAAUGAUGGAGAACAUCAACACGUUCCAGAAAGCUUUGAAGGAUUAUGGCGUGGACGACGUCGACGUGUUCCAAACAGUUGACUUGUGGGAGAAGAAGGACAUCGCCCAAGUGAUCACCACUCUGUUCGCUCUUGGUCGCACGACGUACAAGCACCCAGAAUGGAAGGGACCUUACCUAGGACCGAAACCAUCAGAGGAAUGCAAACGUGAGUUCACGGAGGAACAGCUCCGAUCCGGCGAGUCGGUGAUCGGUCUCCAGGCUGGAUCGAACAAGGGUGCCACCCAAGCCGGCCAAAGUCUCGGCGCGACCCGCAAGAUCCUCCUUGGAAAGUAGAGACUCCGAACAGCGAACCUCCUCCCCAUCUCCCCCCUUUUAGAUUUCCCCUCGAAAAUUUGUAUUUUUUAUGUACAUGUAUAUAUAUAAUAUCAAUAUACACACACACAGAGA